AUGGCGGAUCUGCUCCUCUUGUCUGCGAGACUGCGUGCGCAUAUGCUAAUCCAUGAUUUGACAUCUGGAAACCAUGGGCAGAAAACCAUGCUUCCCUGUAUUUUUUCAGACGAGCUUACAAGGGCAGCACUUGACCUGGACUCCGAUCCUCACUCAAGCAACAACAGCAACAACGUGGAUGAUUCUACAGCGAACGCAGCGUCUGCUUCAUCUACGUCGACUACGAGCUUGCUUC